CCUCUUUCGGGGCGACCUAUCACAUGAUGCAACGGGCAGAUCCCGGAAUGAGUUGGAUUUGGUCUGAGUUGUCCCAAGCCUCUUCUCCUCCCUCCCGGCGCCUAAAUCCUGUCCCCUUCGAUCUCCUGUCAUUCCCGCCCUUGGAUGGCCUCGCAUGGCCUCUCUCUAGAUUCGGUCCUCCGUCCUUGCGCAUUGUCGCCCUUCCGCCCUCCUUAUGAUGUCCUGCGUCGACCGCAUUCUCCGCUGCGUUCGCGAGCUCGCGUCACUGUGACCUCUCGCAGCCUGACUGCAAUACACGAGGUGAAAGCAAAGAAAUACUAGUCCACCGCAUCCCGCCUGCGUCGUGCCAUCUGUUCUCGACUGGCCCGCGACGGCGAUGGAGAGAUCGGAUUUCGAUGCCAUGGACGAUACCGGCCCCAGCCAGGUGCUGGUAGCAUCGGCGCUGGAGCAGUCGGUCAUCCCAGCCCAGCGAUCGCUGUCGACCUUCGAGCGAGUCUUCACCACCCACGCCCCCAUCCUUGAAUCUCUGCUGCUUCAGAUCCCGACCGAUACCAUCGUUAAGCUCUACCACUCUUCCGCCUACCUUCGAUCCUUCCUCCGAUCAUACCCGACGGCAUGGAAGCAGCUGUCGUUUCGCCUGUUCUAUCCAUCCAGCAACCCAUCCCCGCUGCGGGUGGUGGUCCCGGGGAGCUCGGAUGCGAUCGUCUCUCGACAGUCCCGACCCUAUGCGCUGGAUCAGCUCCUGAUGCACGUGGUCAUCCCGUUUAGCCCGUGUCUGACGAGUCUGGAGUUGGAUAAUACGGCCGUAUCCGGGCAGAUUCUCAUUUCGACGGUGCUACACUCGCGACGUGAGACUCUGGAGCAUCUGUCUGUCCGUGGAUGCAAGAAUGUGUCUCUCAAAUAUCACAUUAUUCCCUAUUUGAUGAUGUUUGGACUGCAAUACGACGUGAGUAUGGAGAAGAACAUCGGCAGCUCGCCGUGUACAAAGCAUCUCGCACUUAAAAGUCUGUAUACAUAUCGGUGCCGUCAUCAUCGCCGACGGCCGUAUCUAUCGUCCUCCCUAACACGGAAGGACUCGGAUUCGGAGCCAACGCACGAACUGGUCAAUCUCUGUCACAAGUUAGGUAUUUGGACCGAUACGGCGUGGUGUUCUACCCCGGCUGGACGGUGCUUCAGACGACGGGGAUAUGUUUCCAUGAGGGUCCCCCAGGGGUCCCCUGAGGUCUGGGUAGUUUUUGAUCGGCUAUGGAGGUCGAAGAACUGGAUUGGCCCGGUUGAUCAGGGAUUCCGCCCGUCCAAGAAGGACGGCAAGCUGUGGGAGCACUGCGAGACCGGCUGCCACGGCGAGCCUCUUGGGACAGGGGAAGGAAGGGAUUAUGGCGAGGGCAAAAACCUGCCGGCACACCGGCGUUGGAGCCACAGGCGCUUCGUGGAGAACAUUCGCUGUGACCACUGCUAUGAGCCAAUCUCGGAGCGAUGUGAGCAAUGCAGUAUCCUCAUGCACUGUGUCGGGUGCCGGAAAACCCUCUGUGCCAGCUGUGCAUACGAUCGGCCCUUUGUCCGGUGUCGUCCCCAGUCUUCUACCGCCGAGGAAAAGCCCGACUCCCUGUGGUGGGCGCCAGGUGCUGUGAACUCGCCGUGCCUCAUGCAAGACCCUCCCAGCUACCUUGUGGGGACUAACGCUGUGAACCAUCAUACCGCCGUUCCCUACCCCAACCUGAACUUUCAUUGGUGUUGUACGGAGCCCAUUUUCUCUGGCGGGGGUGGUAUCAGUAUCGGAACUCCUAACCGGGACGUGAAUCAGGUUCGUGCGGCGCCGCUUCCCCGGGGCCAGGGCUGGGAGGACCUAGAGUACUCGGCCAACGAGUGGAGCAAGAACUUUCCCAAAUAUGCCUAUGGCGAUCCCCAGAAGCCGGACUACACGCUGGAAGCAGGGCAUCUUGCCAUGAUGAAAUGGCUGCUCGGCCCUCCAGACCGAGACCCGACCGCUUGUCCGCGGAACCUGUGCCAGGAAUGCUACGACACUCCGCAAUGGAAGGUUCAUUGCAAGAGCUGCUCGAAGCCGCUGUGCAUUGAGCAUGAUCUCCGCGGCCUCCGCCUGCGAAUCUGCGGGUAUCGUGACCUAACCCUGGAGAAGAUGUCUAUCCAGAACCGAACUGGGUCGGUCUCUCAACUGGGCUCCCCAUCCUACGUCUCGCCGCCUCUCCAGUUCGCAAGUCCGCCGCCUGAAUUUGAUCUGCCGUAUCGUACUCAACGUGCCGUCGGCUCGGCAGCCAGUAGCUAUAUUGAGGAUGUCCCCACCGAUGGUAUUGCCGACAGCCUUGACCCGAUGGUGGUUUCUUCCAACCCCGACCCUGAUCGGUAUCGGAGUUUUUCCAUUUCGAACUCCAACCGGUCGCGCUCUUCAUCACCUGCGUCAGUCUACUGCGAGUCGCCGAUAGAACCUACGAAGUGGCAAGGUUGUCAGUCCUUCUUUUGUCCUCAGUACCGCGCCGUCGGCGAUCAGCGGCAACGGUGUGCCAGUGUCCUGCGGGAAUGCACGAGCUGCUCAGUGCACGUCUGUGAGGAAUGCAUCGAAGCGAGCCCUCCCUGCAACUGCACUUUCUGCGAAGUCAACUAUCUCUGCCCUAACUGCUUAAGGAUCCGGGAGCGGGAUGGGACCUGCCGUCGCGUGGAUGAAGAAAGAGAACGACGGGAGCGGCAAUGGAAGAAAGACAUGCAGAUGCUGGAGGGCAUCGUCGAGACCAAGAUUGCCAACGAGGUUGCGGAAUUUGCAGGGCAGUUUUUUGACGCGGUUGAGCAGCCGGGCAUUCAGGUGGAAGAAGUAGAGGAUGUCUCCCAGAACGCCCACGCUUCUUCGGCCUAUCAGUCCGGUGAUCAUAGGGACGCCUCUGGGACUGAGCUUUUCCUCGAGGACAUAUUCACAGAUAGCACCGAGUAGGAUCUCGGGUAUUAUUGCAUUCAGUUUCGGUGUUUCGGUUUAGGAAUUUUGAGCAAUCGUUCGGGUCUAGUUGACGGCGUUAUGGCGGGAUUUUCUAUUUUCUUUUCAUUUUUGUUUUUGUUGAAACUCGAUGAGCGACUCAGAUUUUGUAUGCAGAGUCUCGAAUCUCACAUACAGUCGACAUGAAUGCGCAGGAAGCAUGCCACCGUCGAGUUCAGAGGAAGAAUACAUACGCAUAACGCUCCACUGCACAUGCACCAAGCAUCUUGACAUCUUGAUAACACAUCGUUCUGCCUGCUGGCAUAUGAUAGAGCUCCGUUCAUGUGUUUUGCCGUUUCGGUCCCAUUUCAAGGCAUUUAUCUAGCGGUGAUUCGAGCUUACCCUGGAGUCGAGAUAUUGUCGGAUGUGUGAUGGGUGAACCUAGAAAAGUAAUUUGAUCUGCACAAA